UUUCCGUUCCGUUUCUCCUCAAUUUGUUUCCUCUUCAGUCUUCCCCGCAUCCUAUAAAACUAACCAAACCCACCGCCUCACCGCCUUCACUCCUCCUCCUUCUUCCCACCCACCGCUUCACCUUUUUCACUCAAAACCCAACACUUACCAUCCUCUCUCUCUCUCUCUCUCUCUCCUCAUGUGGCUACCGCGUGAAAACCCCACCGUCCGCAUCCGCACCGCACCUUCAAAAAACUUCACCUGCUCCUCAUUCAAAGACAUCCAACACCUCUGCUCAGACGACUUCGACUCCCCCCAACAACCCCCCCACCUCCCCGACUCACCCCGCGUAUCCUCCGUCUUCCGCCGCGUCCGCCUCGUCGACUCGCUCCUCCGCACCUGGUCCACUCGCCUGCCCACCCAAACCCAAUCUCACCCGUCCAUCUCCCUCCCGGUCGCGGAACACCUUAUAAUCGUCUACCACACGGGCCUCCACGUGGUCCGCUCCACCUUCGAGGACUGCCGCGCCGUCCGAUCGAUCCUGCGCGGGUUCAAGGUCUCGAUCGACGAGCGCGACGUCUCCAUGGACUCGAAGUUUGUCGACGAGCUGCGGGGCAUUUUCGGAAGUUACAACAAGGGGAGGGUGAGUUUGCCUAGGGUUUUCAUUGGCGGGAGGUACGUCGGCGGCGCGGAGGAGGUCAGGCGGAUGCACGAGUCCGGCGAGCUGAAGAAGCUCGUCAGGGGGUUGCCGGCGGCGGAGCACGGCGCGUGCGAGCUGUGCGGCGGUUACAGAUUUAUCCUCUGCGACGAGUGCAGCGGGAGCCACAAGUGCUAUUAUUCGGAGAAGGGAGGGUUCAGGACGUGCACGGCGUGUAACGAGAACGGCCUGAUCAGGUGCCCUUCGUGUUCUUGUGCUGUACCCUGUACCGUCUGAUUGGUAGGAAAAUGUAGUAGUGGUAAUGUUGACUAACUGAUACGAAGAUAGUGAAAAAUUAUUUGGUGGUCUUGAGGCAUAUCGCCACACUGCCCCGACAUUCUUAUGCGCCACACAUUUAGGAAGAGUGCAAUAGCAAGUGUAUGGACGUUACGAAAAUGGACGGUAGACAAGGGCAUCGGGGCACCACGUGAUGGUGCCCCGAGAUCACUGAAUAAUAGUUACAUGAAUUGGGUCUUAUGUUUCUUUUCUUUUUUGGAAUUUGUGAAGGAUUUCGUAGGCCUGUGAGUGUGAUUUUCUUAGGAUUCGGGGACAGGAUAAGCUUAGGAACAUAUGCACCCAUUGGAGUGCUGCCCUAUUGUUCAUUAAGUUGUUAAUUAUUGUCCUGUAAAGUUGUAACGUGGGAAUGGAUGAUCAGAGCCAUCACAUGCUUGAAAGCUUUUUAUUAGCAUGGUAGUGACAUUGUCAGUUGUCUUAGUGGGAAUGUAUAACUCAUCACGUGACCUUUUUCAGGUCUUUUUGACUGUUUACAUCUUCACUUGCUUUCUCUUCUUUA